AUGGUUCUACGAAUUCUCUUUCGUUAUUUGGCCAACAAUGAGCAACUCAUUCAGAAGAUGUCCGAAAGCUAUCCGAUGAGAAGGGCUGCCCAAUUGGUUGUGGCAAUGAUGAUUAAAACGAAGAGUAUGGCAGAGCAACGUGGUUUGUCUAACAUGACUCCAGAGAAAUUUAGGGAAUUCUUUAGGACGUUUAAUAACAAUCUGAAACAAGAGAUCGAAGGUGUUAAGGAAGAACUUAAAAAGAAAAAGUAAACUAGAUAAAACAAAUAAUAAAGUCUUGAUAAAUAAAAAAAAAUAUAUUUAUUUACUAUGCAA